AUGGAUGUAUUAGAAACUCGAAACGUCACAUUUGAAGAAUUCACCCAGAAAACUGGGACUGAAGUGCUGCGGCGAUCUAUGCAGCGAUUUCAAAGGACUACCCUGAAUGAGGACUUAGUGAUUAAAACGAAGCUUCGAACUUCUUGGAUAUCACAAAUGCAGCUUUGCUUCCAACCGCUGUUCGAUACAGAUAAUUUUUACGAUAUCGAAGAUCAGGGAAACUUCUUCACGAUGCUCUUAUCUCACAAUGCCGAGAACCUCGAAGGAGAACACGUAGAAUGUAUGAGCGUUGAUUUCCAUGGACGUCCUUCAUCGCUUAAUCGAUUUAUGGAGGGUAAAGGAAGGGCGAGAGAUGGAUUCACAUUCGAGCUUUGCCCUGGGCAGCGUCAUGAGGUCACAGUAGAAGUGCGGGCACUAUAUCAAAUGCUAGAAAACGAUGAGCCAGGAAAAGCUUGUCGAGAUGUGGAAGAAGGAGAAGAUGGCGAAUUUGACUGCAGAUCUCGCUGUCGCAUGGAAAUGAUUCGCGUUAGUUGA